AUGUCCAAUAUAUUGUAGAGAAUGGUAACCAAAGAGGUCAAAAGGAGAUAAGUGGAGAGUCGCUUAUUGAACAGAUCAUAAUAAACAUUGAGAUAACUCAUUCCUGAUUUGAAAUCUCCUAUUAAAUCACCCUAAGUCUCAACUGCACUUGAGUAAUUUAAGAGUAAAUUUACAGAAGGCAAAUACAUUUUUCAAAUUGAAUAACAAAGAAAAAGCUAGUUAGAUGAGGUUUUUUCGAGGGUUCAAAUACCAAUUAAAAGGGACUUCUUGGAUGUAUUAUUGCAAUAAUUUGAAACUGAAUUAUGGAGAGUUUCUAAUGAACAGAAUCUCCAGUACUUAAGUGAUCGAUACUUGAGUUAUCAAUUAUCAAAUAACAAAUUUCUUAAACACCUUGUCUAAUUUGUGGAUGAAUAGAGAGAGAAAGCUGAACUUGCAUUGGGUUAAUUGGCAGGCAAAGAAGCUACGAUCAAUGAAUUGUAAAGUAAGUAUGCGCAACUGUAAAUGAUGUUUCAACAAUUGUCUCACAACAAAGAUGAUGGAUAGACUAAGCUAAAUAAAAAUGAAAGUGUCAAAAGAUAGAAAGAAUUAUACAUGGAGAAUGUGAGAUUGAAGAAUGAAAUUGAAAGAAUUCAAGACAAAUUAAAGUAAAUUGAGAAUCAAACGAAUGUUCAGAAAUUGCAAGAAUAAUAUUAGGAAUUAGCAAGAAAGUCAAGUGAGAAAAUUCAUGAACUCUUGAAUGAAAAUUAAAUCAAAGAGAAAUAGCUAUAAAAACUCAAUCUCCACUAUCAGAACAUCAAAUCACAAUAUAAUAAAUUAGAAAAUGAAUCCAAAGCCUAUUAAACUGUAUUUGAAGCCAAUAAGUAACACCUCGAUCGAUUGAUUAAGGAGAAUGAAUUACAUACAAACUUAAUGAAUAGAUACAGAGAAAUAGCUUGUAUGCAAAGGGAAGACUUUGAAGUGAGAAUCAUGUAUUACAAGGAAGAAUUGAGUGUAGCAUCGAAAGCAAAGGAUAAGUUAAUGUAAUUGUAAUCAAAGUUAGAUCGAUUCUAAAUUGAGAAAUCCAAAGACAUAGAACCACUCCCCAAUAAUAAUUAUGAGAAGGAGAAGACAGGCUUGGAGAAAUUCAAUGAUCUAUUUAGUAAUGAUAAAACCUAUCAGCGUUUAACAUAUUAAGCUCUGCAAGAGGAGAAGGGGAGAAUAGUAACAAGAGUAGGACAUUCAAUUGUCACUAUGGAGUAACAUUUCAAUGCAUAGGAAAUUUAAUUGGAGAAAUUCACAAUUGGAUAUUGUCCAUUUGUCAAUUUAGUUGAACAUCAUAAAAAAACAUUGGAACAAGAGUUCAGUGGAUUAUAGUAUAAACGCCCAAAUCUACAAUUGCUAGUUACAUUACGAGUUAUUCUUGAUAGCAAAUGGAAUGAAAUGUAAAUUAAACCAGAGAAGAUGUGGACUCAUUUACCUGAGUUCGCAUAUUCUCAUUUGAUGAACUUCAAAGUAGACAUGCAAACCAAAUCCAUCAAAAAGAUUGAUCAGGAUGUUCAUCGUAUAGAUGAUCAGAUUAUCAAAUUUAUAGUGGAUUUCAGUAAUCCUGUAUUUGAGAAGAAUUGGGAAUGCAUCACAUUCUAAGAAUUCUUAAAUGACUUUACUAGUUAAGAUGAGAUCUAUUUCUAUUUGUAUGCUCGAAAUCUCUUAUUCCGUGGGCCUGAAUGCCAACACACAACCGCAUACUAUGAGCCUCAUCAUUACAUUCCAUUAUUGUAGGCUGAGUUUGUAGCAACUCAUAUACUCUCACAAUAUGAAACUGCAACCCUCCAGCAAGUCAAAAAAGUCUUAAGAGAAAAAGCAGUCAACAAGACCAUAACCAAGAACCUCUUCAUUGUGGAUGCUUCUUUUGUUUUGAGAAUUUUGCUUGAAUUUUAUAGAGUAGAACGUAGAAAUAGAUACAAGAUGUUUAAGAUAGCAUUUGGAAGUAGAGCCACAAAUAUCAGUUUCAAACAGUUCAGAGUUGUAUUGAUCAGCAAUUACCCCUAUAUCACAGACCUUGAAUUAGCAACCCUUUAUAGAGAGGCCUACUCUUUUACUGGCACAGGAGUAUCAAUUGAUUCCUUCUACACUGUGGCUUCAGAGACUGGAUUUUUCAUUAAGCAUCUUAAAUUAUAGAGUCUAACUACUCAACCGAAAAUUGUGAAUAAAGAAUUCGUUUUCGAACCCAACACUCAACCCUUCCUUAUUGUCAAUGAAGCAUACAAGAGAUUUCAAGCAUAUUAAAGUAAAUUAGAGUAAAUCUUAAUUGAUUUUGGUUUGGAGGAACUGUUUGCGUAAUUUAAAGAAUUCGACAAUUUGAUCCAAUCGAAGUUUGCACCGCUUUAACACAAUCAAAAGUCCUUGUCAUAGGUCAUUGAAAGUUACAUGAGUGUGUUUAGGAACAUCAAUAACCUCAUUUGCAACAGACUGUACCUCUAAGACUAGUAAAUAUCGUAUCUAUUUAGGAUUCAAUAAGGGUAAGAGUUCCUUACAAAGCAUGAGGACAAGAUGAAACUCAAUAAAGAGUAGAAUAGAGAGGCUUAAUUUUACUCUGGCGAUAAUUUUAAUAAACAAUAUUUGAGAAGAGAAGACUUCAUUCCUGAUAUAGAGAUAUUGAAAGGACAAAUGGAUUGUUUAGAACAUCUCGGCUCUCACUUAGAAUCUUAUGAAUUAGUAAAGAGAAGGCGAGAUUAUUGUAUGACAAUUCAAGCGAAGAAGAUCUAGAAAUUUGUUAAGAAAAAGAUGAACAAAUUUUAUAGUUUUGUAAGUUCUUUGCUAAGUGCCAAAUUCAAAGCUUCACUCAAAUAAGGGAAAUGA